AGUUAGCCAGCAGUCAAAAUGCAGAUAAUGCCAAUUUUUUGGGACUCUCUUUUGGUUCUAUUUUUCCGGUUGGAGUUCCUGAAUUCUCAAUUUACCAUCAACUAUUUUUUAGACAUGUCCUCACUCACACGUAGGCCAACAGAAUAACAGUAGACAAACCUGCAAUAUCGCUAUUAAUCCGCUUGGUGGAGACACAAUACUGUUUUUGGAAAUAACUUUUGCUAACAAUUGAACUUUACACUCCUUUACGCGCAGGUUUACAAAUGAUUGACAUUAAGUUUCAAGAUAAUUAUCAACAUGAAAAAUCAUAAAAAGUUUGUAACCUUUUAACACGAAACGUUUCAUAUACUGCAAGCUGGCAAAUUUAAAGUCCAUAUAGUGAAGCUGAGAUGAGUUUCGUCACAGAACGGUGAGGUUCACGAGACUCGUCGUGUGUCACGCGUGGUAAUAAUGGAUUCACAUUGUAUUGGUGAGAGUGAAGGGCUGACUUUCUACAUUGCCAGGCCAAAAGAUUAUGACGACGUGAUGGCCAUAUCACAAGAUAUAUACGAGGGCAAUGAUUACCUUCCACAUCGCUAUCACUUCUGGAUGACUGAACCAGACAGACUGGUUUUUAUAGCAAGGAGGGUCAGCAAGUUGGUGGCGCUGGAGUCAAGUCUUAUAGUUGAUGGAGGUGAAACAGUGGUGGUUGAGGGAUUAAGGGUGUGUCCAAGUGAAAGAGGCCGUGGUCUAGCCGGAGUCAUCCAAAGAUUUGUUGACGGGUACCUAAAGAAGACCUAUCCCAGUUUGAAGAAAAAGCGCAUUACCAGGCAAAAUGUCCCGGGAGCUGAAAACAUGGCCAACUUCACAUUUCUGGCCAGAAGGGCUGUCCUGUCUCUGCAUGGGAAUUCUGAGAGCUUAGAUGACUUUGUAACAUAUCUGAUGGGAAAACUUGAUGCGUCAGAUGGAUCCAACACCAGGCAUCCUCUAGUAACAGGACAGAUAAAACAAAAUGCAUUAAUGCCCGUUUUCCUGGAUCCAGACCUGCCAUCCAGACUUCAGCUUCCAGGGGGUGCUAUCAUCCAGGAUUGGCAGCCUUUGAAAAUUAUCGAGAGUAACUUUGAGAUCUUGGCCAGGCAAAACUUGUCAUGGUUUGUGGAUGGUUUUAUUGAGAAACCUUUGUUCGUGAGCUUUCACACACCUCCAUAUCCUGUUCCAUUAAACGGAGGGUCUGUACGCCUAAACAUCGACAUGUUUGGGACGGAUGUUUCCCAAGCAAAGAGAGCACUUACAGCCCACCUGAAUACUGUGAAAGGUGAGAUUAAGUGCGCAGUUGUGAUUCAUAUUUUUAUGCAUCAAAGUCUAUGGGAAGAUUUGAGGCAGUUUUGUGAGGGGCAUGACGGGGUGAAGCAGUGGAGGGAAUACUGGGAGCAGCUCUUUCUGGAAAGGGAUAUAUAAUGAUAUCCAGGGUAGAGAAAACAAAAGGUAGAUGCUGUAAUGGGACAAACGUAAAGAAAGACUAGUUUAAUUCUAUACUGAUUGUUUUUUUUAUUGCUCACCAUGAUGUUGUUAGUUGUUAUCUCAAUACAAAUAUCAAUUUAGCUUCAAUCAAAAAGGAGUAUUUAGUCAUUUAAAUCAGAAUGGUGUUGUACUGAUCUGUUGAACUUUAGCUGCAUCUAGUUGUGAGAUUGCGAAUUGCAAACAACAGCUAACCCCUCAAUUGUUAAAAUGCAUAUGGUAGCCUCCACAGGACAAACAUGUCAUUUUCUGAGACAACUUAGGGACGAAAUUCACUAGAUAGAACAGUUUAUACGUUUAGGGCUACUGUAGAAACAUGACAGCGACUUCCGAUGUAUGUGGAUAAAAACGGCUCAUUCUAAAGAAAUUGAAACACUACAGUUAAAGGAAUAUUCAAUUUUCUUAAAAGAAAAAUCCAGAUAAUUUACU